AGCUUUUAAAUUAUUAGGAUGUAUUACUUUUUGUCGAUUACAAUCUUUUUUGUGGUCUACAUAUAUCAAUAUUUGUUGUUUCAUUAUAAAAAUUCUUUGUUUGAAUCAAUUUUGUUAUAAAAUAUUUCACUUGUAUUCAAAAAAGGACACUCAUUACUUCUUCCAUUUUCUUGAGUCGGCCGUUCACGUAUGUAUUAUUGAUUUUAGUAACCUUUCGUCGUCGUUUUUGUCGUCAUGUUGUCAUUUAAAUAUUUAAAACGAUUACUAUACACCCCAUGCAGACCCCAUGACACCCACUUCGCCUUAGCAACAUAACAUUUAUUCGAAUCCUACUUACUUCCUCCCAAACUUUCUACUACAUGCCAAGUUUGCAUGUGUUGGCCUAUAUUAUACAGUGCAACCGCCUACAUUCUAAUCCACAGAGAUUGAGAUACUGUAUAUAGCAAAUAAUAAAAUAAAAUAAUACCACAGAUUUAUAACCACAAGUAUGCAAUAUAAAGGCAUAAGCUAUAGGUUGUUACCAUAAAAAAAAACAUGCACAAAUGAGGAAGGCAAUAUAAAUUAUUGACUUCAUCACAGUAAAUUUCUUGAAGCUUGCAUUAAUGGCAGAUGCAAACAUUCCGCAUAUCGCAAUCAUACCAAGCCCCGGUGUGGGUCACCUCAUCCCGCUCCUCGAGUUCGCAAAGCGACUCGUAGACCACCACCGUUUCACCGUCACAUUCAUCUUCCCCGGAGAAUCAUCACCGUCUAGUGCCCAAAUAUCCAUUCUCAACUCUCUUCCUUCCUCCAUAGCCUCCGUGUUCCUCCCUCCCGUAGACCUUUCCGACCUUCCCUCGACGGCGGGAAUCGAAACUCGGAUCUCACUCACCGUGACUCGUUCUAACCCGGCGCUCCGGGAGCUUUUCGGCUCGUUAUCGGCGGAGAAACGUCUCCCGGCGGUUCUCGUCGUCGAUCUAUUUGGUACGGAUGCGUUCGACGUGGCUGCUGAGUUCCACGUGUCACCAUACAUAUUCAACCCAACAAAUGCCAACGUCUUGUCGUUUUUGCUUCACUUGCCGAAACUAGACGAAACGCUGUCGUGUGACUUCAAGGACUUGACGGAACCGAUUAGGAUUCCCGGUUGCGUUCCGAUAACCGGUAAGGAUCUCUCUGAUCCGUGUCAAGACCAAAGCGAUGACGCAUACAAAUGGCUUCUCCACAACGCCAAGAGGUUCAAAGAAGCUGAGGGGAUUCUGCUGAAUUCCUUCGUCGACUUGGAGCCAAACGCUAUAAAGGCUUUACAAGAACCGGGUCCCGAUAAUCCACCGGUUUACCCGAUUGGACCAUUGGUCAACACGGGUUCUUCUUGUCCCAACGAUGAGUAUGAGUGUUUAAACUGGCUGGACGACCAACCACUCGGUUCGGUUCUAUACGUUUCAUUUGGAAGCGGUGGAACACUCACGUGUGAGCAGCUCAAUGAGCUUGCUUUCGGUCUAGCAGAGAGCGGGAAACGGUUUAUUUGGGUCAUACGAAGUCCGAGCGGAAUAGCUAAUUCUUCGUUUUUCAACUCACACAGCCAAACCGACCCGUCGACCUUCUUGCCACCAGGGUUCUUGGACCGAACCAAAGGAAAAGGCCUAGUGGUUCCGUCAUGGGCACCACAGGUUCAAAUCUUGGCCCAUCCAUCCACCGGGGGAUUUCUAACACAUUGUGGAUGGAACUCGACUCUUGAAAGCAUUGUGAAUGGUGUACCCCUAAUAGCUUGGCCUUUAUACGCAGAGCAAAAGACGAACGCAUUGCUACUUGUGGAGGAUGUUAGGGUGGCUUUAAGAGCGAGAAACAGUGACAAUAUGAUUGUACGAAAGCAAGAAGUGGUGAGAGUGGUUAACAGGUUGAUGGAAGGAGAAGAAGGGAAGGCUAUAAGGAAUAAAAUGAAAGAGUUGAAAGAAGGAGCUGUUAGAGUCUUGAGAGAAGAUGGGCUGUCUACGAAGGCACUCAAUGAAGUUUCCUUAAAGUGGAAAUUUCACCAGCCAGAGGUGGAACAAGACACGACCCACAAUAUAUGUAGUAUUUAACUUUGUUUGUUCUCUAAUGGACUUGAUUCAAGAAUAAUGUUGAUCUACCCAAAUAACUAAUAAAACUGCU